AUGUUCGACUUUACAAUCCCCGAAGUAUACCGCGACAAGCUAGAACCCAUUAAAGUCACAGACACUCGAACAGACGCCGAAAUCUUCGCAACAAUCCAAGAAUACAAACCAGUGACGUCUGAGAAAAACCUCUGGGCAUACUGGCACGCUGGCGCAUCCCAGAUGCCCAAAUGGAGCCAAAAGAACGCCGUCGACUGGGUACGCAUUUUAGGACCUGAAUGGACCGUCCGUAUUCUCGACAACGUGGCCGGUUCCCCAAAUAACACCCUUCGCUUUGUACCAGAGGUUCUGUUACCACCGGCAUUUGUGGAUCGGUCCAUGGAUGGUCCUUAUAUUGGACAACAUGGGGCUGAUCUCACCCGCACGGCUUGUUUAUAUGAGCAUGGUGGUGCGUGGAUGGAUGUUGGAAAUAUUCUGAUUAGACAUCUUGAUCGGAUGUGCUGGAAUGAACUCGAAGAUGAGAAUACGCCGUAUCGAGUCGCCAUCCCUAUUAUAUCCAAUGUUAUGGCGGCGAAUCAUUUCGUUGCUGCGCGGAAACACGAUCCGUUCAUCUAUCAAUGGCACCGCCUCUUCACCCACGUCUGGGGCAACAAAAAGAACUUCAAAGGCCUCCUCUCAGACCCCCUCCUCGCGCCCAUCCUGCCCUUAAUGUUCGAAAAAGCCGACCCCGCCUUCAACGCAGACUGGAUCGAUGAAUCCGUCGUUUACGAAUACGUAGCCCAACUAAUCUGCAUCAGCCGACUCUUCUGCCUGGAAGAAGCCGGCGAAAACUUCUCGGGCCUCGAAUACUGGCAAAACAAAAUCUACGCCUUCAACGUUCUAAAAGAAGACUGGCGCUGCGAGAGUCUUACCAGCUUCGUCGGCUUUGGCGAGCGUGCUUUCGAAGCACUUACCCUCCCCUAUCAUAGCCCUGGUACCCGGCCUGAUGCGGAGGAAAAGUCAAAGUUGGAGAAGUAUCAGGAGGCGGAGUUUUUGAUCUGGGAGAUGCUUGCUAAUGCGUCUAUGUGGAAGGUUCCGCAUGCGACUGGGUUAUCGCAUUCAGUGCAGCUGGGGACUUUGUUGGAUUUAUCGGAGAAUGAGGGGAAAGAUGCAUUGCCCGGCUCGUUUGGGGAGUUGUUUAGAUGGGCUACUGUGAAUUUGAGGCAGACUAGGGAGGGGAUUGAGAUGAUGCCGACGCCCAGGCCGAGUAAGACGUGGAAGAAGGGGGUCUUAGAGGUGUGA